AUGACAACAGUAGACCAGCAGUGCAAGCAGGAGGGAAAGGGCAGUGCAGCGACAGAGGUGCUGUGCUCACCGGACAGGGCUGCUCGGGCGGCUCGGCGUCAGGGCGGCUCGGCGGCUCGGCUGCUGGGCGGCUCGGCGGAUCGACUGCUGGGCGGCUCGGCGGCUCGACUGCCGGGCGGCUCGACUGCACGGCGGCUCGGCUGGUGGGCGGCAGGGCGGCUCUGCUGCAGUGCGGCUCGAUUGCAAGGCGGCUCGGCGGCUCGGCGGCUCGGCUGCUCUACUGUGGGCGGCUCAGUUGUGCUGCUGCAGGGCGGCGGGCGGUCGGCGGCUCGGCCGGGUGAGGCGGCUCGGGCGGCUCGGGUGGCGGGCGGCGCUGCAGCAGUGGACAAGGCCGCAAGUAAGGGCGGCGGAGCCGCAGGUGAGGGCGAAGGGGCCUCAGUGGAGGGCGGCGGGGCCGCAUGUGAGGGUGGCGGGGCCGCAGGGGAGGGCGACGGGGCCGCAACUGAGGGCGGCGGGGCUGCAAGUGAGGGCGGUGGGGCCGCAACUGAGGUGCGCGGGGCCGCAAGUGAGGGCGACGGGGCCGCAACUGAGGGUGGCGGGGUCGCAAGUGAGGGCGGCGGGGCCGCAGGGGAGGGCGGCGACGGGCCGCAACUGAGGGCGGCGACGGGGCCGCAACUGAGGGCGGCAACAGGGCCGCAACUGAGGGCGGCGGGAUCGCAACUGAGGGCGGCGGGGCCGCAGGUGAGGGCGACGGGGCCGCAACUAAGGGCGGCGGGGCCGCAAGGGAGGGCGACGGGGCCGCAGAAAAUGGCAUAA